AUGUCACAAAGUAUAAAGAGUGUCAACUUCGCCGCUAGCGACGACACCUUGGCCUCCAAAGAUGUCGAAGCUAAGCAGGACGUUGGACCUUACAGAUCAUACAUGAUCUUCUCUGCUAUUUGCCAGGGUUUCUGUGUCAUGAUUAACCUUCACUCAAUCUUCAUGCUUGCUGGUAUGGCCCCCACGGUCUUCAAUGUCGGUAACUUCGCCGGUGUCGUUGCCUUCACCCUUGAAGCUGGUGCCUGCAGUGUUAACACUCUCAUCUUCUGGAUGAAUGCUCUUAAGCCAUGGCUGGCCGUGCUUGUUUGCGUACUUCAAGGUUUGGGUAACGUAUUCCAAAUCGUUGUCGUCGCUACAACCGAGGGUGAGCGGGGUAAAUACUUCUACAUUGCUGGAACUGCCAUCUUGGGUAUUAUUUUCGGAUUGAACAGUAUGACUUCGUUCGCUUUGAUGGCUUUCGGCCCAGAGAACUUGCUCGGUCCCUUCAGUUUCGGUUUCGCCAUUGGUGGUGUUGUGCCUUUCUGCUUUUCGACCAUCCUUCAAAACACCAUAUUCACUGGUAAAGAGGUAGGGAAUGCUCGCGGCAUUAUGUACUGCAUCCUUGGUUUUGUUGUCAUCAUGUCAGUCGUCAGUGCCAUCAACCUCGCCAUUUUCUUCACCAGGGAUCCCAUCAAGAAGCACUACUUGGACAUCAAGCACCAGGGUAUCACCAGCAUCAAGUGCACCUUCAGGUUGGCCUUCAAGGGUCUCAAAUACGCCUGGAGGAUCGUUCUCAUCCAAUUCAUCAGCUACGUCAACAUCCUCACCUUCUACCCCGGUGUCGUUCCAGUUUCCAUGAAUAUGGAUAUGGGUCGCAAGGUCAUGCUCAUUGGUGUAUUCCAAAUCAGUGAGACUUUGGGACGCGGUAUUGCCGUCUUCGUCAACCCUAGGUGGUUGCCCUGCAACACGCUUAACAGGGUACUGGCGCUCACCAUUUGCAACGUGGGUACAACCGUAUUCCUCUUCUGCGCAACUAUCUACAAGACUGUGGAAUCCAUCAACCACAUUGCUGUUGUUACCAUUGGUAUCAUUACCUUUGGUAUGGUUGGUGGUUACUGCAACUCCUACGCUGACAAGAGCAUUGAGGGAGAGGUGCCCCGUCACCUUGACCAGGACGUUAUCGUCUCCACCACCACGGUGUUCAAGAUCAUCGUCUCUGUCUUCUGUGCUUUGGGUAGUCUCACCUCCACCUUCCUGGUUGCCGCCAUCUCCGACAGCCCGACUCCUGCUGCACAUUAA